AAGAAUAAGUUAUUAAAUUAUAUUUAUUAAUGGACCCACCUAUAGGGAAGGAUCUCACAAAUUCAGUUAUUGGAAAGGUUUAUAAGUUAACAAAGAGAAUAGGAAGUGGAGCUUUUGGAGAAAUUUAUCAAGUAACAAAAGGAAAAGAAGAAUAUGCAAUGAAAUUAGAAAAGAGCGAUACUAAAUUUCCUCAAUUGUUUUUUGAAGCCAAGCUUUAUACUUAUUUAUAAGGUUCUGAUAAUAAUGAUAAAGGUACUUUAAAAGUUAAUUAAAAGUUAGGAAUCCCUAGAAUAUAUGCUUAAGGAACAGACGGUGAUUAUAAUUACAUCGUCAUAGAUUUGUUAGGUCAAAGUCUCGAAGACCUUUUCAAUAAGCAUAAUAAAAAACUAUCUUUAAAAACUGUAAGUAGCUUUUAUUUAUUCUUAGGUAUUGAUGCUUGGUGAAUAAAUGAUUUAACGAAUUGAAUAUAUUCAUUUAAAUAAAUUCAUUCAUAGAGAUAUUAAGCCAGACAAUUUCCUUAUUGGAUAAGGAUAAAAGGCAGUCAGAAUAUAUCUAUUAGAUUUUGGAUUAGCUAAACGUUAUUAAACAAAAGAAGGUCACAUACCAUAUAAAGAAGGAAAAAGUCUUACUGGAACUGCCAGAUAUGCAUCUAUCAAUACUCAUUUAGGAAUCGAAUAAUCUAGAAGAGAUGAUCUUGAAUCUCUUGGCUAUGUCUUAAUGUAUUUAUUAAGAGGUUAGCUUCCUUGGCAAAAUAUGAAAGCUAAUAAUCAAAAAGAUAAAUAUCAAAGAAUUAUGGAAAAAAAAUUAGAAACUUCAUCUGAUGUCUUAUGUAAAGGCUUUCCUAUUGAAAUGAGUUAAUAUUUAAAUUACUGCAAAAAUUUAAAAUUUGAAGAAAAACCUGAUUAUCAAUACCUAAAAGGUUUAUUUAAAGUAUGUUUUAUUUCAAUAUAUUUUAGGAUGCUUUUUAAAGAAUUGGUUAUGAACUAGAUUAUAAGUAUGAUUGGAUUAAGGAUGAAAAUGUAAUAAGAACUUAAUAAGUUUUAAUGAGUGCUGAAAAACAAUAGUUACAUUAACAAUUAAUUAUGACAUAGCCAUUACAUUAAUAACCUCCAAUAUUACCAAAAGGAGCUUUGAACCCAAUCGAUUCAGAGAAAAAACUCUCAUUUGCAAACAACUAAUUAAAUACUUAACAAUUCAUGGUACAAAGAAAAACAUUAUAGCAAAAUUAAGUUAAUAAAAUUUCAUCAGUUGAAAAGAAAAGAACGAUUUCUUAAAUUAGAAAACAGAUUUCAUAAAAAGAUGUCUUAAAGCCAGUUACAUAAGUAUUAGCACCAAAGAUAGUCACUACUAAGGAACCUCACAGAAAAUAUUGA